GGAAAAAUGGUUUGCAGCAGCAUUCCGGCGCCGUUCCGGCGCAACUUUCUUCCGAGCCAGAGGCUGUGCUAUGCGCUAGGACGAAAUGGUCCGGCCGGGGGAUAUCGCUGGUUAUCUCCACGCACUCGUGGUGCCGGACCCGGGUAUGGAGGGCGCACGAUACGAGAAUGGUGGUUUGAGGAGAUAUGGGAGAAUGGAAGGAUUGCGACGCUGGGCUGGGCUGUGCUGUGGGAGAGGAGAGGGGGGAGUAUAAAGAGAAGGAGGCGGACGCUGGAUGGAUGGAUGGAAGCGUCAUUGACUGCACGCCUCUUCUGCAUUCUUCUCUACGGUUCCUGUAUACACAUACAUCUCCAAUACCCCCGGCCGGAUUUAAUUUAAUCCGCAUCUAUCAUCUCCCUAUCGUCCUUUAGCUACCCGCAACAAUGCCCGGCCUCUCCUUCGUCUGGAACCAAUGGACCAACACCCCGCCCAAGCCCAGCGCCUCGUACGCAGGCAAAACGAUCCUCGUAACCGGCGCCAACGUCGGGCUGGGCAAGGAAGCCGCGCGGCACUUCGUAAACCUCGGCGCGUCGACCGUGAUCCUGGCCGUGCGCUCGCUGGAGCGCGGCGAAACGGCCAAAGCCGACAUCGAGAAGACGACGGGCAAGAAGGACGUGCUCAAGGUGUGGCAGAUCGACAUGUCGAGCUACCAGUCGUGUCUGGACUUCGCGGCGCGCGUGAGUAAAGAGUUGCCGAGGCUGGAUAUCGCGGUGCUGAAUGCCGGGGUCGUGAGGACCAAGUGGGAGGUCUUUGAGCAGGAUGAGAGCACGAUUACGGUGAACGUGGUGUCGACGUUCCUGCUGGCGCUCGCGCUGCUGCCGAAGCUGAAAGAGACGGCCGCGCAGUACAACACCAGGCCGACGCUGUGCAUCGUGUCCUCCGAGGUGCAUGGCUGGGCCAAGUUCCCGGAGAGAGAGGCGCCCGACGGAAAGAUCUUUGAGCGGCUGAGCACGAAGCCCGGGACGCUGGAUCAGGGGAACAGGUACCAGGUGUCGAAGCUGCUGGAGGUGCUGUGUGUACGGGCGAUGGCGGAUCGGAAGUCCGCAAGCCAGAUACCCGUUACGAUCAACUGCGUUAAUCCCGGGUUUUGCCAUUCGUAAAUCCUCCCUCCGUCUCUUUGCAGAAGACGUUGGCUAACCCAUCCAAGCGAACUCGGCCGCGAAGCCGGCUUCUCCUUCAAAGUGCUGAAGUUCUUCCUCGCGCGAUCCACCGAAGUGGGCAGCCGCACGCUUGUCCACGCCGCGACUCAAGGCGCGGAAACACAUGGCCAGUACUUGAGCGACUGCAAGGUUGCGCCGCCGAGCGAAUACGUCUUGAGCGCGGAGGGCUACAAGGACCAGAAUCGGGUGUGGGAGGAGUUGUGUGCGAAGCUGGAGGCGGUUAAGCCGGGCAUUACGCAUAAUUUGUAAGAGCGUUGGUAGGCAGGCUUCGAGAAAUCCCCCUCAACCUAUCCCAUUUCUAGUACGUUGUUAGUAGGGUCUUCGCCGACUAGCCAUGUCCAGUACCCUAGCUCCAUAACUC